ACGAGAGAUGCCAGGAAGGGUCCCACCAGCCUCCUGGGAACCUGAGGGCUCCUGCAGAGAGCCAGAAACACCAGCCUCCAGGAGGGCAACCGUCCCUGGGAAAUCAUGCAGUGAGGACCAGCUGAGCCACCAUCGUAACUGCAUUGUUUUGGUAUUUUGUUCCUGAACGCAGCGCCGAGUGUUUUGUGAGGACUUUGGCCUUGCAGCACCAUGGGAGCCUCCAGUGACAAGGUAUCUUCUCCUUGGACACUGCUCGUCCUGCUGCUUUGCGUCGUCUGCGCUCUCUGCCAGGAAGAAUAUUCCGGAAACCACUCGGGUGAGGAUCAAACCUUUGAGGGCUCGAUCCUGGACCGCUAUGACCACUUGAGGCCCUACCAGCCAGAGUCUUCUCACGGCUACGAUGAGGACCAGAAUCCUGAGGAGGACGACUACGACCCCUACGGGCCCGCCCCCACCCAGGUCACUAUGAUCACAGAGGAUGCGUUCCCCUACGUCACCACCACCGAGUCACACUACGCUAAGGAGGACAAACUGGGUCGGAGGAAGGUCCCGUUCAAGCACCAGGGACCCGACACUGGGUCCUCGGAGGAGUCGGGUGGUGACGCAGCCCUCGGUGAGGAGGGUCCCACCGAGUGCGACUGUGAACCCGGAGAGCCGGGAUUCGCCGGCUUUGCUGGGCCCAAGGGCUUGCGAGGCCUGCAGGGUAAAACAGGAGCACCGGGACUUCAAGGCAGAGAGGGUUAUAAAGGAACCAAAGGAGUGGAGGGACGAAGAGGAGAUGCCGGCCCAGUGGGUGAUCCCGGACCCGAAGGUGAAGACGGAGGUUCGGGUUUCUUCGGUGCCAUGGGAGAACCAGGACUUAUAGGAGACCGGGGUGUGGUUGGAGGGCUGGGCCUGAAGGGUGACAAAGGCAUAGAGGGACCGCGAGGAGGGGUCGGAGGGUCUGGUAACACUGGUUCUCGCGGCGAUGCUGGCACCCCUGGAUCGAGAGGAGGUAAAGGUCCAAAGGGGUCUGUGGGCAAAGAGGGCAAAGAGGGAGUUCAAGGACCAGAUGGACGCAAGGGUCAGACUGGAGCGCCCGGAUUCCCAGGAGACAUCGGCGACAGAGGCUACACUGGUUAUCCUGGCCAGACCGGAGGCCACGGGGCGGUUGGACCGAAGGGCACCAAAGGUCACGAUGGCAUUGCAGGCAGCGAUGGCGACCGUGGAGAAGAUGGUCCGAUAGGUGUCCCGGGAUUGAUGGGAGAUCCAGGCUACUUCGGUGCUCAGGGCAGCAAAGGCGACCGUGGCGUGAGAGGACCUCGAGGCAGAGUGGGCUCUGUGGGUCCUAGUGGAGAGCAAGGAGACGCUGGGAUACCGGGAAAACCGGGACCAAACGGCCUACAGGGACCCAUUGGGCCCAAAGGCGAGACCGGACCCGAUGGCGACACGGGUGCAAAGGGAAGGAAUGGUGUAAAGGGUCAAAAAGGACAGAAGGGGGUGAUUGGCGAUCGUGGAGACAAAGGACAGCGUGGCCCAAAAGGCACGGUCGGCCGGCCAGGCGAUUCCGGCCCCGAGGGUCCUCCCGGCGUUCCGGGGACCCGAGGAGCUCGCGGCGCCCUCGGAGACCCCGGCGUCAAAGGCCAAGCUGGACUAAGAGGAGUGCAAGGGUCCAUCGGUCCCGGCCUGUCGGAUGAGCAGGUGCUGCAGUUGUGCCGCAGUGUGGUCACGGCUCAGAUCUCGCAGUACGCCGCCUCCAUCCAGUCCAAGUGCUCGCAGGGCUGCCCCAUCAACAACCGCACGCUCAUCGGACCCCCCGGAGCCAAAGGACCCCCUGGACCAGCUGGCAAAACCGGCAAAGCAGCCAAAGCUGGAUCCAAGGGAGCCCGUGGAGUUCAGGGAGACCGAGGUCUGGAAGGAGAGAAAGGAGCGCAGGGUGAACAAGGCAGAAAGGGUCCUAAAGGAGUUGCAGGCGAUCCAGGAAAAGGCUUCCCGGGACUUGAUGGACCACAAGGGGGUCCCGGUUUUCCAGGCGAGCCGGGUGUCGCCAAAAACGGCAUGGAGGGUCCACGCGGCCCCCGCGGCUUCCCAGGUCCCAUGGGCAUCACCGGAAUGCUGGGAAUAUCCGGUGUUCCGGGUUUCUGUGAGGCUCGGGACUGCAGUAUCCAUGCGCCGGUGAUGCGCAAAGAGCAGGGUCUGGUUAAGGGACCCCGCAGCUCCUAAACUUGAAAAUUAACAGAGUGGAAGAGUCACUUCGUCAUCAUCAUAUUGCAUUAUUUAAACUUCAAGCUGAUGAAAAGUCAGUGGUCCUACUACAGUCCCGAGGGGGCACUCCGCUCCAGGAACAAUCUGCUUUGCAUCCGUUUUGUUGGUUGGGUAAAAAGUAUUUUUAUCUUUCAUUCGGUCCCAUUUUGUUAUUUCUGAUGUGUAAAAAACAAGUGAGCAUAAAGUGUAUCUGGUAAGUAUUCACAGAGCUUCACCUUUUCCACAUUGUUGUCGUAGAAUUCUGAUGAAACAAAUUAAUUUUGUUUCAUCAGAAUUCUACGCACAUCAUCACAUACAACAUUAAUACUCAAUACUUAUUGAUGCACCUUUGGUAGCAAUUACAGUCUAAAGUUCUUUUUUGGAUGUCACAAACUUGACACACCAAUCUUUGGCUAAUUUGGUCUCUCAAGCUCCAUCAGGUUGGGGCUUUACAUAAUAAAAUGUAAAAAAUAAAUAAAUAAAUGGAAGCGUUGUGAAUACUUUCCUGAUACAUGGUGAGUAAAUAAAGGAUGGCGUGUAAAUAUGAUGUAAAGUAUCUCAAAUACAUGUACUGUGCUCUGAAGUGUUUCAGAUAAACUGCCUGGUGUUGUUUUGUUUUGUAUCCGUGUCCUCCUCGGUUCGUUGCCACACAAUCUUACGACAUUUGCCGACAUCUCAUAUGAUGAUACUUUGAAGUUAGACAUUUUGGAGGUAUCUUUGCAGUUUACUCAAAAUUGGACCACUUUUGGGCGAUUGGAGGUUCCAGUGUAACCAUUUUUGCGACGACAGAAGAAAUUGGCAGCAUAUUUUUUUCAACAGAAACUAAAUGUCCAUGCUGAUUUUGUGUUUUUUAAAGGGAGUUCCUGACGAGUCUCCAUACAGUGUAAUGUAAAAGCAGAAGUUGAAAACAUUGUGAUAUUAAAAGUAUAA